AUGUAUCCCCAACCGGGUGCCCCUAUGGCACCGCCACAAAAACCGGAAACUUUCAUGCUGUCGACCGAAGCGCAGCAAAGCCUCCCGCAUGAUGCGCAGGUCGCCCUCCAGCAAGUGGAUAACCUCAAAUACUUUCUCCUGUCAGCCCCCGUCGACUGGCAACCCGAUCAGCUCAUUCGUCGUUUCCUCCUUCCAACCGGCGACUAUGUCUCCUGUGUCCUCUGGAGCAACCUCUUCCAUAUCUCGGGUACCGACAUCGUGCGAUGCCUCGCUUUUCGAUUCCAGGCAUUCGGCCGCCCCGUCAAGAACUCCAAGAAGUUUGAAGAAGGCAUUUUCUCCGACCUGCGCAAUCUCAAGGCCGGAACCGACGCGAGCCUGGAGGAGCCCAAGAGCGGGUUCCUGGACUUCCUGUACAAGAACAACUGCAUUCGCACCCAGAAGAAGCAGAAGGUUUUCUACUGGUACAGCGUCCCGCACGAUCGAUUGUUCCUGGACGCGCUGGAGCGCGACCUGAAGCGCGAGAAGAUGGGCCAGGAAGCGACCACGGUCGCCGUCGGCGAGCCUGCCAUGUCUUUCGAAUUCGACUCGUCCCAGUCCCUGUACGAGCAAUUGACCAAGGCUCAACAAGCGAACUCGUCCUCGUUUGCUGCCCACGCAAGUACGACAUAUGGUCAGCCCAACUCUCCCGUUGUUCGGACCGUUGACGCAAUGCCUCCUCCGCAGAUGGCUCCCCCAGCGAUUCCGCUACUCCAGGACGAUUCGGGUCACCCUCCGAUGUACAGCCACCCGCCGAUGCCCCUUUCGAACAACCUGGUCCAGAGCAUCAUUAAGCGUGAGCAGGACUACGGCCCCAUUCAGUAUGAUCGCAACGGAAUGCCGUUCUCCCGCAUCCACCACCGCCAUUCCUCCAUGCCCACCUUCUACGAGUACUCGCCCGCUCCGUCCUUCGUUUCCUCUCAGUACGAGGACUACAGCAAUCGCGGUCUGUCCUUCGAGCCUGUCACCCCUCCUCCGCACUCGAUUGGUCUCGGGACGGAGCCUGCCUAUAUUGCGAACGAAGACACCGGCCUCUACAGUGCGAUCCCGGACCUGUCUAGUGCGGGUCAUGCGCCGUAUAACCCUAUGAUGCAGCUGCCGCCGUCUAAUUUUGCCGCUGCCGGUCACUACCCUGCCGCUUCUCGGUCGUUUUCUUCCAGCGCCUACUCAGCCAUUGAGGGAUCUCCGACCUACAAGCAGCGCAGGCGACGACCGUCAGUGACCCCGGGUCCCUCGAAUGGCACCCCCGGUGUCAUGUGUACAUCUCAGCCUCCAUCCGCACAGCCUUCCAACUACGCUGCCCACCGGCCCAGCGACCUUCGACGCUCCGUGUCCAGCUCUGUGGCUCCCGUUGCCGAGGGCGAUGAGUCUCACCAUGACUUGUCGCGUACGUACCCGAGUGCAAUGCUACCUCAGAAGGAUCUGCUUCGGGAAAUUUCCCGUCAUGGAACUCCUCUGCAGAAUUUGGACGACAAUGUUGACCAGCACUCGGUGCCAAUGAGCCACCCUUCCCAUGAUCUUGCAGCACUCCCCACUAGUGCAGCCAUCGGAACAAGCGUUCAAAACAGCACGAGCCGUUCCGAUCGCUCAGGUCCUGGCCCCGCUCGUCGAGCUCGAAGCGCCACGAUGAUGGAAUUGGGCCCGUACCCGCACAAGUCACAUUCAUGCCCUAUCCCUUCCUGCGGCAGACUCUUCAAGAGGUUAGAACAUCUCAAAAGACACGUGAGGACCCAUACUCAAGAACGCCCAUAUCCCUGCCCCUACUGCAGCAAGGCCUUCUCGCGUUCUGAUAACCUUGCACAGCACCGUCGCAUCCAUGAAGCUCAACACGACGGCCAACUGCCCAUCGCGCAUGACGAAGACCUGGACGAGGCAAACGACUUCGAGUCCGGCGAGGAGUCACCUCCGCCUGCUCCCGCACACACCAUGGUCAACAUGCCCACGAUGACGACCAUGGGUUCAUCUAUGACUAUGCCAUCGGCCGUGCCGAAUAUGGUAGCAUCUCAGAUGAUCGCACCCCAACUUCUUCAGCAUAUGUAA